GCGAAGAGCAUCCAAAGCUUCGUGCAAUGGACCCGGGCCGCCUCUCAGGAGUUCCUCGAGGCCGAAGCGGCAGAGGCGGCCAGCCAGCUGCUGGCCAGCAACUACCGGCUGACGGGAAUUGCAGUGCUGGCAUGGCUCAGCGGGGUGAGGUGGUCCUGCAAAUGCGAGGUGCGAAGAUCUGACCUGACGGCAGCGCUUCAGCACCUUUCAGCAGCCAGCCUCAUGAAGGAUCCUCAACCCCUGACGCAUCCUGCCAAGAACAUCGCCAAGGCCUUUUGCGAAGUGCUGGAGGCGGAGAUGCGAGAGGCGGAAGGUGGAGAGCUCAGUCGGCACGCCAACGAGUGA